AUGAAUUCAUCGUCCUCACUCCUAGGGCAAGGAGAAUCAGACAUAUUGAUCAAAAACAAGAGCAGUGCCACUGGUUUCCUUAUUUUGGGAUUUUCAGAUUCUCCAGAGCUACAGGGGCCGCUCUUUUUUUUCUUCCUACUCAUCUACCUUGUGACUGUGAGUGGAAAUCUUCUACUUAUUUCAUUAAUCGCCACUGUCUCUCACUUACAAAAGCCCAUGUAUUUUUUCCUUUGUAAUCUGUCAUGUUUGGACAUCUCCUAUAGUUCUGUAACUUCUCCAUAUUUGCUGCGCAUUUUCAGCACAGGCAAUAAUAACAUCCCCUUUAAGAUGUGCAUGGUCCAACUUUACUUCUUCAGCUCUUUUGCAACCAUGGAAUAUUUAAUGCUCACCACUAUGGCAUAUGACCGGUACGUGGCCAUUUGUAAACCGUUAUUUUAUCCCCAGGUUUUGAACAAAAUUACAUGUAUAUUAUUGGCUGCUGCUGCUUGGAUAGCUGGUUUUUUAGCAGGAGCCCCAAUAUCAAUUUUAAUUUCUGCUUUCACUUAUUGUAAAUCAAACAUUAUCAAUCAUUUCUUUUGUGAUAUCACUCCCUUGCUGAAGUUAUCCUGUGAUGACACAUCUACUGUUGAGUUUGUAAUGUUUGCUCAAGGUGUCUCUUUCUUGUCUAGCUGCUUUGUUCUUACAAUGAUGUCCUACAUAUACAUAAUAUCUGCAGUCCUGAAAAUAACCUCCACUGAGGGAAGAUACAAAACAUUCUCCACUUGUGGCUCCCACCUCACAGGAGUUACCCUCUUCUAUGUCCUACUUGUCUGUGUUUACAUAAAGCCAGUUUCUUCAUACUCAUUGGAUGAAGGGAAAGUCCUAUCUGUUCUUUACGUAAAUGUCAUACCCAUGUUAAACCCAAUCAUAUACAGCCUGAGAAACAAAGAUGUGAAAAAAGCUUUGAAGGUACUGACAAAGAGAUGGCUCUACUGUAUACUGGGACUCUCUAAUAUAAGGAAACUGAAAUGA